GCCCCGAGCCUGUCUGUGCAACACUUCGGGGCUGAGGCAGAUGCACCAUCCCUGAGCUUGCAGUAAGGAUGCUGUUGUUCCUGCUCCCUGCAGCCUUUCUUGUGCGAAUCCUGCCCCCCGGGGCUCAGGCUGGGGGGAUCGUUGGGGGACAGGAAGCUGUGCCCCACUCCAGACCCUACAUGGCCUUUCUGAAGAUAAAAAGAUGCUUUGAACCCAUGAAUACCUGCGGGGGGUUCUUGAUCCGGGACGACGUGGUGGUGACGGCGGCUCACUGUAGAGUGAAGUGGAGCAAAGGCAUCGUGGUGCUGGGGGCCCACAACAUUCGGAAGAAAGAACCAAGAGAACCAUGGAGUCAGAAAAUUAGAGUGAGGCGCUGGAUCCGCCACCCGAAAUAUAACAAAAUGACCCAAAACAAUGACAUCAUGCUGCUGCAGCUGAGAAAGAGGGCUGAACUCAAUGACUGGGUGCAGCCCAUCCCUCUGCCCCACCCCUGGCCGGAGGUACCUGUGGGCACCAGGUGCAACGUGUCUGGGUGGGGCUGGAUGCAAGUUAAUCCCCCUAAGAGCUCGGACGUGCUGCAGGAUGUGGUUCUGGAGGUGAUGGCUGACGAGGUGUGUGAACACAAUUUGACCAAACCAUAUGAUGCUAAAUCCAUGCUCUGCGCAGGGGAUUCCAGAGGCAAGAAAGCCACCCUGAAGGGUGAUUCAGGGGGCCCCCUGGUGUGCGAUGGGGUGCCCCAGGGCAUCGUCUCAUGGGGGCCGAGCAAUGGGGCCUCUCCUGAAGUGUAUGCAAGAGUCUCCCGGUUCAUCCGCUGGAUACAGACAGUGAUGAAACAGCUGACGCCCCCGGAUGCUCCUGGAAUCUCGUCUCGAACCUGAGCUGCCCAACUCCCGUUGGUCCUGAGGCUGAGCUCGGGGUCUUCUCACCGGGGACGGGGGUGGAAAAUGUAACUCUCUGGACCUGGGAGCCUUUCACAGCCACUUCACCCUGCUGCAAAUAUCACCAUGUCCCUUAGUCGGUCCUCUGCUGGGACUAAACUGGAUCGCUCAGCAUCAAACGCACGUUCCUCUUCCUAAUGGACCAGACUGAUUAGUUCAAAGGCUGGAGGCUGGAGGGGGCUGGGGUCAGGUAGGAAUGUUCCACCCCAAUCAUUUUUCGACAGAAAAUGCCGUUGCCACAAAAAUGAAACUUUUCUCAGGGAAAUAUCAAUUUUUUUGCCAUCUCCCCCCCUGGUUUUCCACCAGGAAAGACUCAGUGAAAUAGCUUGUUUUGGCUUCAGUCAACUCGAAACAAAACAUUUUGGGGGAGCCAAAUUGGACUGUUUCAUUUAGUGCCAGUUCAGCAGUGAUCUGUGUCCCUGGUGUGUCCGCGGUGCCCUCCCUGUUAAAAAUGUGCACGUUAUUCCCAGUCCUAAUUUGUCUAGUUUCAGUUUCCAACCAUUGGUUAUGUUAGACCUUUCUCUGCUAGAUAGAAGAGCCCAUUGUUAAAUAUUUGUUCCACAUGUCGGUACUUACAGACUGUGACCAGAUCACUCCUGAAGCUAAAUCAAUUGAGCUCCUGGAGUCUAACACUAUAAUGCGUCUUUUAAGAGCUGGGCUCCUGGCUGGAUUACAUCUCCCAUGAUGCACAAGGAAUGAUGGAGGGCAAAUGACCAGGGUGCAUCAUGGGAAAUGUAGUCCAGCUGGGAAGCCCAACCUGUAGGGCUGCAUAGGGGCACAAGGGACUUGAACUACAACUUCCAUGAGGCACUGCAGGAGCUCAAGAGGAUGCAGCCGGACAUGGAGCUGACCUGAAAUAAAAUGUGCUGACUGUCCCGGUCAGGAAUAGUUCAGAGUCCAAUAUUCCCCCGUGACAAUUGCAGUCUAUAUAAUUUUAUAAAAAUAUGCUAAUGAGUGAAUAUACUGUAACUGGAAUAUGCUUCAGGCAA